GUGAUUUUGGUUCGAUAUAAAAAAUGUUUGAAACACGUAGCGAUUCGUCUUCGCCAGGUUUAAUGGAUUUAUCCAACGAAAAAUACUUACCAGCAACGUUACCUCAUCCUGAUACAUCUUCAUUUGCCAUAUUCUACGCACAGCAACAAAGAUAUUACGAGUACGAAGCAAACAGAAUGCAAUCUCCUAACUACUACCAGGAGCAGAGGCAAAUUUACGACUAUCCUGAAGUACCGUACAUCAAAGAAGAACCAAUUGAUGAACCUAUGGAGCAUCAAGAAACGUUCAAAAGUAGGAGCACGGGUCGAAAGAGAAGGAACAUAGAAGGAGACGAUGAAAAUUCUUUCUCCAAGUCAAAAUCCAGAAGAAAAUCACCGCAAAGCUUCGAAGAUCUACAGACACAAAGAAUCAUGGCCAACGUUCGAGAAAGACAAAGGACUCAAAGCUUAAAUGAAGCUUUCGCUAGCUUGAGGAAAAGCAUCCCUACACUGCCGUCGGAUAAGUUAUCGAAGAUACAGACGCUGAAGCUGGCUGCCAGGUAUAUAGACUUCUUGUACCAUGUUUUAUCCAGCUCGUCCUCAGACAAUCCUGGGGAAAGUGACAUUUUGGGAAACGUGUGUUCGUAUACAGCGCAUGAAAAGCUGUCGAGAGCAUUUAGUAUGUGGAGAAUGGAAGGAGACUGGAAUACGCAACUGUAAAUAUCAAUGUAAUAUGUAAGUUUUUAUAUUUUUGUCAUAUUUACUAUAUUUAUAUCUUAAAAUGGAUAUGGCGCAACUUUUUGCGGAGUAGUCGUUGAUAUUCGUUAUUCGUAAAUUCAAUAACGUUCAUAUACUUCAAAAUAAUUGAUUCUUUGUCCCGGGAAAGGCCUUUUAGGCCUACUGUUUUUCUGGUUUCUUCCCUUAAAUAGUUAUAAGUAUAUUUUUUCUAAUAUGUAGUUGCUUAGGUACUAUCCAAAUGUAUCAAACACAAAAGCAAGAGUUCACAUAUUUUUUCAUAAGUAGGUACUGGAUGAGUAAUGAGUAGGUUCUCAUUCGUGGUUAUACAUUAAAUAUGUCCUCCUGUUUCUUUAGUUAUGCCAUUCGCACCUGUUUUUACAUGUUUAUCAUCUUUUUACUCUUUCUAGUCUCUUGCAUAAACCCGUCUUUUCCCGCCUCGACCACCCAUCCUCUGUUUUUUCUUACACGCUGUUUUAGAUUGUGUGGUUGUGUAUCCAGACAUUUAGUUCAGGAUAUGGCGGUAAAAAUAGUACAUAAUCUCAUAAUUUCUUUUUAUAUGCAUCGGCUUGCUUGAAACUUUGUGGAUACUCUCCUUCAAAAUCUAUGCCAAUAGGUAUGUGCUAAUUAUUUUUUAGGGUGGAAACUACCCCUUACUGUUCAAAUUUAUAUAAUCUAAAAUUAAAGCACGCGGAAAAAUUAUAACAGACAGGAAUAACGCUAAAACAUAUCGGGCCAAGAUUAUUUGAUACUUUGAAAUAUUCACAAAUUCUAUUAAUGUACCAAACGCUUCAAAACUACCCUUGCUUAUGACUGAUGUAAAAAAAUAUUGUUUUACUGAUAUUUUUACAUACAUCUACAAAUAUAAGUAAGUUUAUGCAUGAAUGUAGAUACACUGUGCCGGCC